AUGUCCCUGACUACCAAACCCUUCACAUCUUUCCUCAUCCAGGACAUCCUAGCCCAGAAGGAGGGACCGGAAGGUCCCAGGCAGAGACCGGCUCCUUCAGAAAGAGAUGCAUCCAAGUCCUGGCCGGAGAGCAGACGGUCAGCCGACGAGACGGCUAGACACGGAGGGGAUUCGGAGUCUGGGCGCGGGACAGGAGCCGGAGAGGUUGCGAGAGAGACGGAGCUGGACGCUGGAGGCAUUGCCACUCACAGAAGGCCCGAUGUCUCCCCCGCAGGGGUGAGAAGCCCCAAGAAAAAGCGUUCGCGAGCAGCCUUCUCUCAUGCCCAGGUCCUGGAGCUGGAGCGGAGGUUCGAUGGACAGAGAUACCUGUCAGCACCAGAGAGGGCCGAUCUGGCCGGGGCUCUGAAGCUCACUGAGACACAGGUGAAGAUCUGGUUCCAGAACCGCAGGUACAAGACCAAGAGGAAGAUGCUGUCGGCCAGCUACACGAUGCCCAAGGACCAGUUGGGCACAGUGGAGAGCGCACCGUUCAUGUCUUCCCACCAACGUUACCGGCACUACCCCUACCUGUACUGCCUGGGAUCUUUCAGUCCCACCAUCUGGUGA